AUGUCUAAUAUGAAUUAUCAAUUCCCACCUUCGUCGCCUUUGCUCGAAGAUUAUUCUUAUAAUUCUUCAAAAGACCCUUUCACGUCAGUUGCGUCAGCUAAAUCCAAGGUUGCUGAAGAAGCGGCAGAAGCUCGAGUAUCUCGUGAUAACUAUCCAACUCCAAAUCCAUCUUCCUCGUUAUUCCGUUCAUCUUCUCCAGCAAGAGAAGCUUACGGUGAUAAUGAUGUUUUCAGACCAGAACCUAAACAAACAGCAAAUAUCAACAAAGAUUUCAAUGUUUUGAAUCCAGAUAAAUCGGUUAUGCGUAUCCCAUUGGUCAACACACACACACAUUUCUCCAUUGGCAGAUCGUCACGCAGUUGUGAAUUUGCUCUUACUGCUUCAGACCCUCGUAUUUCCAGAGUUCAUUUGAAGUUAAGUUCCAGUUCUCAGCAAAUUAUUUUAACGUGUCUUGGGUCAAAUGGUGUAGGUGUCAUUAUUCCUAAACCUUGCUUUGUUUAUGAAACCAAUUCCCCAGAUAAUUUCAUAAUAAUGGAAAAUACUACUGGCAAACCUUUGGAUGCACAUUUGCAUAACUAUAAAUUGAACAAAACAAUCAAGUUAGAUGGUAAUCAUACUGAAUUUUUUGUUCGUAAAGGUGAAACUAUUACUAUGCCUAAAUUUGAAAAUAUCUUGUUGCAAAUCUCAAAAGAUAUAAUCUUGUUGAAUCCAAAUGAUAUUGAUGAAGAUUUGACUGACGAAGAGACUCCAACUUUGCUUAUUGAGAAUGAUAACACUAACACUAAUAACACUACUCCAAUGAACAAAACUGUUAGUUUGACGCUUCCAAAAACCCCAUUAAAGCCAAAACCAAAAUCAAUUAUCAAAGUUGCUGAAAACAAUAAUGAAGAACCAGACGAAACACCAAGCAAGGAGCAACGCUCUGUUGAAAAUAGAACUUUUGUCUUGUUUGAAGAUAAGAAUAUUCCACUGCGUUCCACGUCUACUUCACCCAAGCCACCAGCAGUACUAGCUGACAAAACAAAUAUUAAAAGAAAGGCAACUUCUGAAGAACCACAAGUCAAAAAGAAGAAAAAACAAAUCAAGAGACAACAAACUCCUGAACUUGACAACUCAGUAUUGGCAUUACCAAAUUUGGCAGAAAUUCAAAAUAUAUUGAUUAAUCAUUUGGCAUUCUCAAGAUUGAGUUCUACGCCGGCAUCAUUCUUGAAUACUAUUAGUGUGUCGACAUCUAAAUUAUCUUUAGCUCAAAUCAGAGCCAUUUUACAUGAUUUGAAAUGUAUUGGAGUGAUUCAUCGUCAAGGGAAAGAUGCCGCUGGUCAACCAUUACAGGAAGAAUAUUACUACAUGCCUGAAAAUGAUGAAGACAGAGAAAGAACUACUUUGGUUUCUAAUAUCAAAGGUCAUGGUGGAUUAAGAUCCUGUAGAAAAACUCAUAAGCAAUACUAUUGGAAAAAACCAGCACCAAUCAAGAAGUAA